GCGAUGAGUUCACAACAGCUUACCACCGGGGUAUCAGCCACUGCAAAGACACUCGUCGAAUCAUUCAAAGACGCAUUAAAGCGCAGAGAGGCCAAAUCUGCGCGUCGCAGACUGACCAUCCUACCACAGACGGCAGUCGACUUCUCAUCCAAUGAUUUCCUUUCGCUCUCCACGGCCCCAGCAUACCGCAAUCGGUUCCUGGCACACGUAAACAAUACGCCCAAAUCCUUCCCGUUCGCCAGCGGGGGUUCGCGAUUACUGGACGGCAACUCAGCUUACGCGGAAGAAUUGGAGCGUUUUGUGGCUGAAUUCCAUAAAGCGCCUGCGGCACUUUUGUUCAAUUCCGGCUAUGAUGCGAAUAUUGGCGUUCUAUCAAGUAUUCCGCAGCCGGGUGAUUUGAUCUUAUAUGAUGAGCUUAUCCAUGCUAGUUCGCAUGAAGGUAUGCGUCUCUCUCGGGCUGGACGUCGGGAGAUGUUUUCGCAUAGCUGUCCUAUCAGUUUAAGAGAGGUCUUGAAGGCGCAAAUUGAACAGGAUUCGAAGGUGAAGGAUGGCUCACGAAAUGUCUUUGUGGUUAUCGAAUCCAUCUAUAGCAUGGAUGGAGAUGUGGCUCCUAUUAAGAAAUUCCUCGAUGUUGUCGAUGAGCUUCUUCCGCUUGGGAAUGGGUAUUUCAUCGUCGAUGAGGCACAUGCGACUGGCGUUUGUGGACCGAAGGGUGCUGGCGUUGUUCAAGAACUCGGAGUCCAAGAUCGUAUUUUUAUUCGAGUGCACACUUUUGGCAAGGCUCUGGCUAGCCAUGGUGCGAUGGUUCUAUGUGGCCCUGAAACCAGAGACUACUUAAUAAAUUAUGCGCGAAGCCUGAUUUAUACAACAGCCCUUGGAUUUCCUUUCCUUGCCUCGAUUAGAACGGCCUACGAGCUCCUGUCCUCCGGAGAGACAGAAUCGCUGCAACACCGAGUCCAAUCAUUGAUUGGGCAUCUGCACAAGUCUUUGGCAUCGCUGCAGAUCCGCCAAUCGGUCAUGUUCGAGGUGGAUCAUUUCCCUACAUCUCCUAUUUUUUCACUCCGAACUUCACAACCUCGUGACUUGGCAAGUUUUUGUCAGAAAGCCGGGUUCAUCGUUCGCGCUAUUAUGCCCCCCACGAUUCCCGAUGGUAAGGAGCGCGUGCGGGUUUGUCUCCAUGCUGGAAAUACCGAAGAAGAGGUCGAGGGACUGGUACGAACAAUCCAGUCGUGGUUGGAUAUAGCCCCGGCACAAAGGGAGACCAAGUUAUAA